AUGCGGUCAUCCAACCUCUACCUGCAGACCUUCGGUGAUGAGGAGCUCACUCCCUCCCCAGAGGCCUCUCCCGGCCCACGUCAGUGGCAGGUGCGCUUGUCAGUCACCGGGGGAGCUGUCCAUUCGCCCGCGGCUCAGGGAACAGAUGCCAGGCAAGCAUCAAAGGGCUGUGCUAGUGGCCGCCCCAAAAUCGAUCCCCUCCUGGCCAUCGGCAAAGGGGAGAGCGACCCUCCAGUGCUAAUCUCCCCAGGAGGGAGAGCCCCCAAGAACAAAAAUACCCCCAAAAAGCGUACUCGGCAUCGAUCGGAAUCCCUUGGCUUGGGUAACAAAGCGCCCACCAGGCCCUCCAGCCUGGAGGUUCCCCUUCCGUCCUAUCCUGCCACCCUCCCACCCCCCACCUCCGUGAAAUCCCGCCACCCGCCCCCACCCCCACGCCCAACCGUGGCCGGCUUUCCAGCUGCCUUCUCCACCCGGCGGGCCAGCAGCCCGCAAACGCACUGCAGUGCCCCCCGCCAGGAGCCCGAGCGACACCUGCGCUUCCCUCGGGAAUCGGCCCGGUCCCCCCCCCGACCCCCCCCCACUCCACGCCGUGGGCCCCCCACCCCCGGGGACCAGGAGGGCCGGGCUCCUCACCUGCCCCAUCACCGCCGGCGUCGGGCGUCCCACGCGGGUCCUGCGGGUAUCGCGGUGCCCAGCCGCUGUCCCGGCACGGGGAGGAAGGAGCCGGGGGGCGAAGGCAGCCCGGGGAGCGCCCGUGCCGUGAGGCGGCUGCAGAGCCGCGGGUGGGUGGGCGGGCAGGGGAGCCGUGGGGCGGGGCGCGGCGACGGGGCGGGGCACGGCACGGGCACGGGCGCGGGCGCGGGAGAGUCCGAGCUCCUCGCUGCCUCCGCUGCCGCCCGACCGUCGAGCCGACCGUCCAGCCGCGCGUCUGGCAGUCUGUCCAGCUUGGCUCCCUCUGCCCGCGACCGCUGGCUCCUUCGCUCUGCCGCGAGCCACUGGCUCAACAUUCCCAGCAUUCCCGAGGAGCUGGGUGGUGUGGUGUGCUGCGCGUGUGGCCCCAUCCACCCACGCCCACCUCCAGCCAGCCCUGCGCUGGCUUCCCCCCUCCGCCUAACCCAGGAGUUCUGGCGGCCAUUCAUUCAUUCAUUCAUUCACUCCCUGGGGACCGGCAGCUCUUACCACUCCUCCAACAGCGUACCUCAGUAG